AAUCAUUCUAGUAAGCCACAAAGCGAGCAAGUCAACAUGUGGUCACCACGUUCUUAUAUCGUUAUCCUGUGUCUCUUUGCUGUUGCUCUACCAGUUUUUCUGGAGGCAACUGAUCAUAAAAAAGAAAAACGUUCUGUGGAAUGUAAGGGAGAUAAUUGCCCAAAGUCAAACACUAUUGAACUCAACCCAUUUCGCCCUAAGUCCUGCAUUGAGUAUUAUGUUCCUGGUAAGGCAACGUGUGGUAUUUACCGGCUCUUUGACGACUAUGGCAAUAGCUUUCCAGCCUACUGUGACUUCACGUCCGAGCCUGGCACUGCGUGGACCCUAGUUAUGUCCUACAACCAGAAGAAUAGGGGUUUACCCCAGUUCUCCAAGACUCCGUUUAAGUUUGACGCUCCAGUCAACGAAAAUUCCCAAAACUGGAAUGUCUACCGCUUGGGUCUGUCUCGCAUUAGGUCCCUUGCAGCCCACUCCACUCAUUGGCGAGCAACCUGCAGCUACCCAAGCCAUGGUGUCGAUUUUACAGACUACGUUCGUGGUAACUUUAAGGAUUUCAACGUUGUCGACUUUCUUGGAAACGGUGAGUGUAAGGAGGUGGAAUACGUAAACAUACGUGGGCACCGUGGUGUACAUCUGACAGCCAAAUUCUGGCAGGCAGAAAACAGUUUAUCCUUACACAUCGACAGCAGUGCUGCCGGCUGCGAAUUUAACCCGACAGCUGGCGCAGUAGUAAGUGAAGACAACUUCGGGUUCUAUGCAGCCAUCAACCACAAGUUCCGCUGCACUCGAGGAGAAGGUUCAACUACUCAGUGGUGGUUCGGUUCCCAUCUGUAGGCAUCUUCUCAGAGGAUUCCAACCGAAAGAGAGAGCUAUGGCUCUCAUCGUUCAAGUUAUGUGAUCUUGUAACACUGAUUUAGCAUUGAGAGAUUCUUGAAUAAACAGUUAAAU